AUGGGAAUGCCAUUGUUACUUGCUGUUACAGUUGUGGUUGCAUUCGUUUUGCUUCCGGUUCAUUCCCAACAAGAUUAUAUUCUAGAUGACACUAGCUCAACUGAUCUCAUCCAAUUCACCCCGAACGGCACACAAAUUGGCCUAGAUGCAAAGAGGUGUUCAGGUUCUGAUAUUUGGAUUGGAAAUGCGCAAUCUGGGUAUGAAUGGAAUGGGAUGCCGAGAUUUUCUGUGCAGAUCUUAAACCAGUGCCGCACAGGUUGUGACAUUUCCAAUAUCCACGUUUACUGUGGUCAGUUCAGUUCAGCUACUAUCAUCAAUCCUAAGGUUUUUAAACGGCUUGAGAUUAAUGACUGCCUUGUCAAUGAUGGAAAACCCUUGAAAUAUGGCACUCUCCUCUCAUUUAAGUACCAUACGAGCUUCAAAUAUCCUCUUUCUGUUGCCUCUUUUACAUGCUAA